AAAACGCAGUGCGCGCUCUCAGUAAGAGCCACAAGAUCAGUGCACGAAGAUUGCAGGUACCACAAAAUGCUGAAUAAGUUACUAGCCCUUUGCGCCUUGAUGGUAUCAUCGGCGCAAGCAGGGUACCUUGGAGCAGCGCCAGCAGCUGCAUACUCUAGCUACACUUUAGGACACUCCCCAGCUUACGCCGCCCCUACUUACGCCGCCCCCGCUUAUGCUGCCCCCGUAGCACAUGCGGCGUUACCAGCAUUCCCAGCAAUUCAUGCCGCCCCAGUGGCCCCCGUCGCUCCUGUUGCUGUUAAGGCUGCCCAUGCUGUCGACUAUGUUGCAUAUCCCAAAUACCAAUUCAACUACGGCGUAGCCGACGGUCACACAGGCGACCACAAAUCUCAGCAGGAAGUACGCGACGGCGACGUAGUUAAAGGUAGUUACACAGUUGCGGAGCCUGAUGGAACGAUACGCACGGUGCACUACACAGCCGACGACCACAGCGGUUUUAAUGCGGUUGUGACGAGGAGCGGACAUGCAGCUCACCCCUCAGCGCCUGUAGUUAAGGCAGUGGCGGCACCUGUAGUGCACGCAGCGCCCGUAGUUCACGCAGCGCCAGCAUAUGCGGCGCCAGCUUACGCUUAUGGUCAUGGCUUAGGAGGAUACCAUGGAUAACACUCACUACCAUACCCUCAUCUCAGGUACAUCAAUGUCAAAGCAGGACAUCAAUCGGGGAAGAGCAUUACCAAUCCUUCGCCUCCCUCCGUUCUUUUGCACCGUGCGACUUUUUGCUUUACAUUAAAGCAAAAACUUGCAAGGUGCAAGUUGUGCUUUAAGGACCUGCUACGUGUUUCAAGUGGAAUUGCUCUCGACGUACCGUUUAUUUAUUUUUUUGAUCGUUCUACUUGAAAUACCCAACGGAUUCGACCACGCUAUGCCAAAUGAUUAUGUGUUUUAUUAUUUAUUGUUAGUAGCAAUGUUGUUCUCUCUUCUCUAUGGGCUUUUGUCUUUAUUAUGUUAUUUAUGUAAAUAUUCUUAAUAGUAUAGCUCACUAUUGUUCUCAUCUUUGUAUCAUAUCAUACCCAUAAAUAUAUCAUCG